CUCACAGAAUUGUUUUGGCCCAACCGAAAAUUGCUUUGAGCAUUUGACAGUAUGGUACCUCACAGCGAAGCCUCCUAGCUGUUCACUCUCUCACUCUCUCUCUAGUCUCUAAAUUGCCAAUUCUCAAUUCGAUCUCUCUUUCUCUCUCUCUAUCUCCGAUUCAAUUCGAACACAUUUCGCGAUCUUAUCUAUUUUUAUCAGUUCCCAAAUCAAAAUCACAGAUUCAAAAAGCAUUUUUCAAAAGCACACUUUUCCUUUUCCUCUUAUAAAUUAGAUGAAGAACUUUAGGUCUAAUUAGGUUGUGAUUCUGCGAAUCGAAGAUUGGAUAAAUUCGUAAAUAAAGAUCAGAACUGGGGGCGAAUCAGUCUGGGCCUCACCGAAGCCCGGCGGGGUCGGCAUCCGGUGCGGGACUCUGGUUCUUUCUCCGUUCUCAACAUGCGCCACAUCACCACUCCCUUGCCUACCUCGAUUCCCUGAGCCGCCCCGCACCCAAUCACCCCCAACCACCACCGCCGCCGCCGCCUCGGCGAAAAGCCACCACCAUGGACUCCUCCGUCCACAGUUCCCAUUCUGCCCCUACCCUCGUCGAAGAGCCCGAGUACUUAGCGCGCUACCUCGUCAUCAAACACUCCUGGCGCGGCCGUUACAAGCGUAUACUGUGCAUUUCCAGCGUCUCUAUAAUCACCUUGGACCCCAACACUCUCUCUGUCACCAACUCCUACGACGUCGCUUCCGAUUUCGAGGCCGCCGCGCCGAUUAUCGGCCGUGAUGACAAUUCGAACGAGUUUAAUUUGAGUGUGAGGACCGACGGGCGUGGUAAAUUCAAGGGGAUGAAGUUCUCGUCAAGGUAUAGGGCUAGUAUUUUGACCGAAUUGCAUAGAAUUCGGUGGAAUAGGUUGAGUGCAGUGGCCGAGUUUCCGGUUCUACAUCUCCGGCGCCGGACCUCAGAGUGGGCCCCUUUUAAACUGAAAGUUACAUAUGUUGGUGUUGAACUUAUCGACUUAAAAUCUGGAGACCUUCGCUGGUGCUUGGAUUUUAGAGAUAUGAAUUCCCCUGCCAUUAUUCUCCUCUCCGAUGCGUAUGGGAAGAAAAAUGUUGAAUAUGGAGGUUUUGUUCUUUGCCCUUUAUAUGGAAGAAAAUCUAAAGCUUUCCAGGCUGCCUCGGGGACCACGACUUCUUCUAUCAUCUCAAAUUUGACUAAAACUGCAAAAUCAAUGGUUGGCUUGUCACUAUCCGUGGAUAGUUCUCAAUCCCUCAAUGUGGCAGAGUAUUUGAAGAGAAGGGCAAAAGAGGCAGUAGGAGCAGAAGAAACCCCUUGUGGCGGUUGGUCUGUGACAAGGUUGCGGUCUGGUGCCCAUGGAACUCUUAAUGUUCCUGGAUUGAGUUUGGGAGUUGGACCAAAGGGAGGACUUGGGGAGCAUGGUGAUGCUGUAUCUCGUCAACUUAUUCUUACAAAGGUUUCACUUGUUGAGAGGCGGCCAGAGAACUAUGAAGCUGUUAGCGUUCGUCCUUUAUCUGCAGUAAGCUCUCUAGUUCGAUUUGCCGAGGAGCCCCAGAUGUUUGCAAUUGAAUUUAAUGAUGGAUGCCCGAUCCAUGUUUAUGCAAGCACGUCUCGAGAUAGCUUACUUGCAGCAGUUCGGGAUGUGUUGCAAACAGAAGGUCAGUGCCCAGUGCCCAUAUUACCGAGGCUGACUAUGCCUGGUCAUCGCAUUGAUCCGCCUUGCGGAAGAGUUCGUAUACAAUUUGGACAACAAAGCCCAGGCACUGAUAUGGAAAGCGCUUCCAUGCAUUUGAAACACUUAGCAACAACUGCAAAAGAUGCUGUUGCUGAAGGCGGUUCUAUUCCUGGAUCAAGAGCUAAGCUUUGGCGUAGAAUAAGGGAGUUCAAUGCAUGUAUACCAUAUAGUGGACUUCCACCUAACAUUGAAGUACCUGAAGUGACUUUGAUGGCCUUAAUUACAAUGCUUCCAGCUACUCCAAAUCUUCCUCCAGAGGCUCCUCCCUUACCGCCCCCUUCACCUAAAGCAGCUGCAACAGUAAUUGGCUUUGUUGGAUGUUUACGUAGAUUGCUGGCAUCAAGAAGUGCAGCGUCUCAUGUGAUGUCAUUUCCUGCAGCUGUUGGAAGAAUAAUGGGUUUACUCAGAAACGGUUCAGAGGGUGUAGCUGCUGAAGCUGCAGGCCUUGUUGCAGUACUUAUUGGUGGUGGUCCUGGGGAUUCAAACAUAUUAACAGAUUCUAAAGGAGAGCAGCAUGCUACAAUUAUGCACACUAAGUCAGUACUGUUUGCUCAUCAUGGUUAUGUUAUUAUUCUUGUCAACAGGCUGAAGCCUAUGUCUGUAUCACCUUUAUUGUCAAUGACUGUUGUUGAAGUUCUUGAAGCUAUGAUAUGCGAACCACAUAGCGAAACUACUCAAUUAACAGUUUUUGUUGAACUAUUACGCCAAGUAGCUGGAUUGAAGCGUCGUUUGUUUGCACUGUUUGGACAUCCUGCUGAAAGUGUUAGGGAAGCUGUAGCUGUGAUUAUGCGUACAAUUGCAGAGGAAGAUGCAAUUGCUGCAGAGUCCAUGCGUGAUGCUGCUUUGCGUGAUGGUGCGUUGCUGAGGCAUUUAUUGCAUGCAUUUUUCCUUCCAGCUGGUGAGAGGCGAGAGGUUAGUCGACAACUUGUUGCUCUCUGGGCAGAUUCCUACCAGCCAGCUCUAGAUUUACUGUCCAGAGUUCUGCCCCCUGGGCUUGUUGCUUAUUUGCAUACGCGUUCUGAUGGAAUUGCUACUGAAGAUAUCAAUCAAGAAGGAUCACUAACCAGUGGAAGAAAGAGACGUUUACUUCAACAGAGGAAAGGUCGUAUAGGAAGAGGACUUGCACCUCAAGAACAGCCCUCACCUUCUGUCAAUACUUUUGAAGUUGGUGAUUUGGUGAGGCAGACAGUUGCUGGUGCAUUUAAAGGGUCAGAUGGCUACCAAAAAUCUGCUCUAGAUUCAAAUCUUGGACAGACUACAACCGAUCAGUCUUCCAUUGCUCCCACUGAUGAUAACUCGAGUGGUGAAACUCCGUUUCCCAGUGUUCCACAAAACGAUCAGUCAGCUGUUGCUGGUUCAGCUGAUGCUCCAUCAGUGAGUCUUCAUGAGGCAUCAGAACCAAAUGGUUCAAAUAUGGUUGAUUCUGAUGCCAGCAUAGCUGGUUUACAAAACACAGGCCUUCCAGCUCCUGCUCAGGUUGUUGUGGAGAACACACCUGUGGGCUCUGGAAGGCUACUUUGCAAUUGGCCUGAAUUUUGGAGAGCUUUCAGUCUCGACCAUAAUCGUGCAGAUUUGAUCUGGAAUGAGCGUACCAGGCAAGAAUUACGAGAAGCUUUGCAGGCUGAGGUUCAUAAACUAGAUGUUGAGAAGGAGCGCACUGAAGAUAUUGUUCCAGGAGGCACCGCGGUAGAGAUUAUGACUGGGCAAGAUAGUGUGCCACAAAUAUCUUGGAACUACUCUGAGUUCUCAGUUAGUUAUCCUAGCUUGUCCAAGGAAGUUUGCGUGGGUCAAUAUUAUCUGCGUUUGCUGCUUGAGAGUGGCAGCAGUGGCAGGGCUCAGGAUUUUCCACUGCGUGAUCCAGUUGCUUUCUUUAGAGCACUCUAUCAUCGGUUCUUAUGUGAUGCUGACAUAGGGCUUACAGUAGAUGGUACAGUUCCUGAUGAAAUGGGUGCAUCUGAUGAUUGGUGUGAUUUGGGAAGAUUAGAUGGUUUUGGAGGAGGAGGAGGUUCUUCAGUUAGAGAGCUUUGUGCAAGGGCAAUGGCAAUUGUGUAUGAGCAGCAUUAUAAAACGAUAGGCCCUUUUGAGGGAACUGCUCACAUCACAGUUCUCUUGGAUAGAACAGAUGAUAGAGCUUUGAGGCACCGUCUUCUUCUCCUUUUGAAGGCUUUGAUGAAGGUUCUAUCAAAUGUGGAGGCUUGUGUUUUGGUUGGAGGGUGUGUUUUAGCUGUGGAUCUUCUGACAGUGGUUUAUGAGGCUUCAGAAAGGACUUCUAUCCCGUUGCAGUCAAAUUUGAUUGCUGCUACUGCUUUCAUGGAGCCACUUAAGGAGUGGUUGUUUUUUGACAAGGAUGGUGCACAAGUUGGACCCGUGGAGAAAGAUGCUAUUAGGAGGUUCUGGUCAAAAAAAGCCAUUGAUUGGACGACAAGGUGCUGGGCUUCUGGGAUGCUAGACUGGAAGAGAUUGCGUGAUAUCCGUGAGCUUCGUUGGGCGCUAGCUAUUAGGGUUCCAGUUCUCACUCCUACUCAGGUAGGAGAGGCAGCAUUGUCCAUAUUACAUAGCAUGGUAUCUGCUCAUUCAGAUCUAGAUGAUGCUGGAGAGAUAGUUACCCCAACUCCUAGAGUAAAACGGAUCUUGUCCAGUCCACGCUGUCUUCCACAUAUUGCACAGGCUAUGCUUUCUGGGGAACCAAGUAUUGUAGAGGGUGCUGCUGCUUUGCUGAAAGCUGUUGUUACCAGAAAUCCCAAGGCUAUGAUACGUCUAUACAGCACAGGCACAUUUUAUUUUGCCCUGGCAUACCCUGGAUCUAAUCUCCUUUCAAUUGCGCAACUUUUCUCAGUGACCCAUGUCCAUCAAGCCUUUCAUGGUGGGGAAGAAGCUGCUCUUUCCUCAUCAUUGCCUCUGGCAAAACGUAGUGUAUUGGGUGGACUUCUUCCUGAAUCCUUGCUGUAUGUCCUGGACCGUAGUGGUCCAGCUGCCUUUGCUGCUGCAAUGGUUUCUGAUUCUGAUACUCCUGAGAUUAUAUGGACACACAAAAUGCGAGCAGAAAAUUUGAUUCGCCAGGUUUUGCAGCAUCUUGGAGAUUUUCCUCAGAAGUUGUCACAGCAUUGCCACUCUUUGUAUGAGUAUGCUCCUAUGCCACCAGUGACAUACCCAGAGCUAAGAGACGAAAUGUGGUGUCACCGUUAUUACCUUAGGAAUUUAUGUGAUGAGAUUCGGUUUCGAGAUUGGCCAAUUGUUGAACAUGUUGAAUUUCUUCAGUCAUUACUGGCAAUGUGGCGUGAAGAGUUGACACGAAGGCCCAUGGAUCUUUCUGAAGAAGAAGCUUGCAAAAUUUUAGAGAUAUCUCUGGAAGAUGUGUCAAGUGAUGAUGCCAAUAAGAAGCGUACUUUUGAGGGGGUUGAGGAGAUAUCUAGCAUAUCCAAGCAGAUUGAGAACAUUGAUGAAGAAAAACUCAAGAGACAAUAUAGGAAACUUGCAAUGAAAUACCAUCCAGACAAAAAUCCUGAAGGACGUGAGAAGUUUCUUGCUGUACAGAAAGCUUAUGAGCGCUUGCAGGCCACCAUGCAAGGGUUGCAAGGUCCUCAACCUUGGAGGUUGUUACUUCUACUGAAAGGACAGUGUAUAUUAUACCGACGAUAUGGAUAUCUACUGGAGCCAUUUAAAUAUGCUGGCUAUCCCAUGUUACUCAAUGCAGUUACCGUGGACCAAGAUGAUAACAAUUUUCUUUCUUCUGAUAGGGCACCCCUCCUUGUUGCCGCAUCAGAGCUUAUUUGGCUGACGUGUGCAUCAUCUUCAUUGAAUGGUGAAGAACUUGUGAGGGAUGGUGGGAUACAACUUCUUGCAGUUCUUCUUUCCCGUUGCAUGUGUGUAGUUCAGCCAUCUACUCCUGCAAGUGAACCAUCGGCCAUUAUUGUUACAAACAUUAUGCGAACCUUUUCUGUUUUGAGUCAAUUUCAGAGUGCCAGGGAUGAGAUGCUUGAAUUUUCUGGACUAGUUGAGGACAUUGUUCACGGCACUGAACUUGAGCUUGUGCCUGCAGCUGUUGAUUCUGCCCUCCAGACAAUUGCCCAUGUUUCUGUGUCCUCUGAAUUGCAGAAUGCCUUACUAAAUGCUGGGGUUUUAUGGUACCUUUUGCCACUUCUGCUUCAGUAUGAUUCAACUGCAGAGGAAUCUGAUGCGACUGAGUCACAUGGGGUUGGUGCUAGCGUGCAGAUUGCAAAAAAUUUGCAUGCUGUGCGAGCUUCUCAAGCCCUAUCAAGGCUUAGUGGUUUAUGUGCUGAUGAUAAUUCAACACCUUACAAUAAGGGGGCAGCUGUUGCCCUCAGAGCUUUGCUAACUCCUAAACUUUCCAGUAUGUUAAAAGAUCAACUGCCAAAAGACCUACUGUCUAGAUUAAAUUCAAACUUGGAGACACCAGAGAUUAUCUGGAACUCUUUGACCAGAGCAGAACUACUGAAAUAUGUGGAUCAGCAACGAGAAAGCCAGGGUCCUGAUGGUUCUUAUGACCUAAAAGAUUCACAGGUCUUUGUGUAUGAAGCGCUAUCUAAAGAACUUUUUGUUGGCAAUGUUUACUUGAGGGUCUACAAUGAUCAGCCAGACUUUGAGAUCAGUGAACCAGAAGCAUUUUGUGUUGCUCUGAUUGAGUUUAUAUCACAUCAAGUGCAUAACAGGUGUGCUACAAGUUUUGGUUCUCAAGAUGAAGUUAAUGACAGUGGCUCAUCCCCUGAAGCAUCUAAGCAUCCAAAUGAGACGGCUCAUGUAUCAGUUAAUGAACAGCAUGAAACAUCUGAGAACCAAAGUGAAGUGGCUGCUGCAUCGCUUGAUGAACAGAAAAUUUCUGAUGAUUCUUUGGAAGUAUCUGAUGGACAAGUGGCAAACAAGGAAAAAUUUGAUGUGUUUAAGAACCUUCAAUCUGGAUUGAUCUCACUUAAGAACUUACUGACAAACAAUCCUGGUUUGGCGUCAAUAUUUUCUACUAAAGACAAGCUGUUGCCUCUUUUUGAAUGCUUUUCCGUGCCCGUUGCAUCAGAAAGCAACAUUCCUCAACUUUGCCUUAGCGUACUAUCACUCUUGACUGCAUACGCUCCCUGCUUGGAGGCUAUGGUUGCAGAUGGAUCUAGUCUUCUUCUUUUACUACAAAUGCUUCACUCUGCACCAAACUGUCGGGAAGGGGCUCUUCAUGUUCUUUAUUCCUUGGCAAGCACACCAGAACUUGCUUGGGCUGCUGCCAAGCACGGUGGAGUGGUCUAUAUUCUUGAACUUCUUUUGCCCUCGCAGGAAGAGAUUCCCUUACAGCAAAGAGCAGCGGCAGCCUCUUUGUUGGGGAAACUUGUUGGGCAGCCAAUGCAUGGGCCUAGAGUUGCAAUAACAUUGGCAAGAUUCCUUCCAGAUGGUCUAGUAUCAGCUAUUAGGGAUGGUCCAGGUGAGGCUGUUGUAGCUGCCCUUGAAAUGACUACAGAGACACCUGAACUUGUAUGGACACCAGCAAUGGCAGCUUCUUUGUCUGCACAAAUUGCAACUAUGGCAUCAGACCUUUACCGUGAACAGAUAAAAGGUCGUGUUGUUGAUUGGGAUGUACCUGAGCAGGCAUCUGGGCAGCAGGAAAUGAGAGAUGAGCCACAGGUUGGUGGAAUCUAUGUCAGGCUGUUCUUAAAAGAUCCCAAAUUUCCCCUAAGAAAUCCAAAAAGAUUCUUGGAAGGACUGCUAGAUCAGUAUUUGUCAUCCAUUGCUGCCACACAUUAUGACACACAACCUUUUGACCCUGAGCUUCCUUUGCUUCUUUCGGCUGCUUUGGUUUCAUUGUUGCGGGUGCACCCUGCCCUUGCAGAUCAUGUUGGAUAUCUUGGAUAUGUGCCCAAACUUGUAGCUGCUGUCGCUUAUGAGGCAAGACGAGAAACAAUGGCAUCGGAGGAGGUGAAUAAUGGCAACUACGCAGAUAAAAAAUAUGAAUCUGAUGAUGGGUCAGCACAGCCCUCACAAACUCCACAAGAACGUGUUCGUCUUAGUUGUUUACGUGUACUACAUCAACUUGCAGCUAGUACUACUUGUGCUGAGGCCAUGGCAGCAACUAGUGUUGGAACUCCCCAGGUUGUUCCUCUUCUAAUGAAAGCCAUAGGAUGGCAAGGCGGAAGCAUACUAGCUCUUGAGACACUAAAACGUGUUGUCGUUGCCGGAAACCGAGCUAGGGAUGCUCUCGUUGCACAAGGUCUUAAGGUUGGUCUUGUUGAAGUGCUUCUUGGCCUUCUUGAUUGGAGGGCUGGAGGAAGGAAUGGACUUUGCUCUCAGAUGAAGUGGAAUGAAUCUGAAGCAUCUAUUGGCAGAGUGCUUGCAGUUGAGGUUUUGCAUGCAUUCGCCACGGAAGGGGCCCAUUGUACCAAAGUGCGUGACAUAUUGGAUGCAUCUGAUGUUUGGAGUGCUUAUAAAGAUCAGAAACAUGAUCUUUUCCUGCCUUCAAAUGCCCAAUCUGCUGCUGCAGGGGUGGCUGGUCUAAUUGAGAACUCAUCAUCCAGGCUCACUUAUGCCCUUCCAGCUCCCCAACCACAUUCCGCUCCAUCAAGACCUGCUUCAACACCAUACGACUCAAAUGGGAAUCAGGAUCACCCAUCAUAGUACAAAAAUCUGAAGACAGACAGCCUUGAUCAUGAAGCAUAUUGAACCUCACAAUUUACUCAUUGUAUAGCACACUGUACAGUUUAAUCUUUUUUGUUUUUUGGCCUACUAAUCUUUCUCAGGGUAGAUAAUCAGAGGCAGUGUGUGCAAUUUUCUAAGUGAAAAGUGGAAGGGGUUAAUCUAUUUGUUUUCCCGUGUAAAGAGGACCUGAUACCUUCUGUAUAUCGAGUUGGUUUACUGCCCAAUUUGUUAUUUAUAGAUGAGAGGGGAUUUUGUGUGAAAUUUAUAAAUGCAAAUUUUCUUUAAAUUUU